GAAACUCAUACGGACAAGGGAAAGAUUGAGUAGAAACUAGAAACUCUUUUGUUUGGAAAUUUUAAUAGACACCUAUAUAUAUACAUAUAAAGAGAAUAGGCGACAUAUAAAACUCUGUAUUUUCACGGGAAUGACAAAAAGAGUUUUAUGAUUUAGUAAACUUGAAAAGUUGAGUGAAUAUCCAAUAUCCUUGCACCAUAAAAAGGUUUUUUAUAAUCUGGAUAUCUCUUGUUUGUAUGCCUAGAAUUUACCCAGAAACCCAGAUUCCGGAAUUUCAGUUUUAUCUUUUCUCUUUACGCUCUAUGCUUCUGCUAUAAAAAUUUGCUAGGAGAGAGAUAUAUAUAUAUAUAUAUAUAUAAAAUACUGGAACAUGGAUUUUUGGCCGGAGUUUCUUGCGAGCAGUCAAGGAAAGGAAUUUGUGGCAGGUGGUUUCGGUGGCAUUGCCGGAAUAAUCUCCGGUUACCCUCUCGACUCGUUACGUAUCCGGCAACAGAGCUCGAACUCCGGCUCCGCUCUUACCCUCCUGCGCCGUUUGAUAGCCACUGAGGGCCCUGCUGCACUCUACAGAGGCAUGGCUGCACCAUUGGCCUCCGUCACAUUUCAGAAUGCUAUGGCUUUCCAGAUCUAUGCAAUCUGCUCCCGGGCAUUUGAUUCAUCUGUUCCAGCCACCGACCCUCCAUCGUACAAAGGUGUUGCUUUAGGAGGGAUUGUUACUGGAGCUAUGCAAAGCAUAAUGCUUAGCCCGGUAGAACUCAUAAAAAUUCGCCUUCAACUGCAGAACAAUAGUAAAUCAUCUUCCCUCAAGAAUAUUCAUCAAAUUGGUCCAAUAAGCGUUGCCAAAAGCAUAUUCAAAACAGAAGGUUUAAGGGGAAUUUACCGAGGAUUUACUGUAACAGUCCUCAGAGAUGCACCCGCACACGGCUUCUACUUCUGGACAUAUGAGUAUAUGCGAGAACAGCUUCAUCCUGGCUGCAGAAAGAGUGGCCAAGAAAGCUUGAGAACAAUGCUGGUAGCAGGAGGGUUAGCGGGAGUUGCUAGCUGGGUCAACUGCUAUCCAUUAGAUGUUGUGAAAACAAGACUACAGGCUCAAUCACCAACUUCCCUAAAAAAAUACAAUGGCAUAAUCGAUUGUUUCCAGAAAAGUGUGAAGCAGGACGGUUUCAGUGUGCUCUGGAGAGGAUUGGGAACUGCUGUAGCUAGAGCCUUUGUGGUCAAUGGAGCUAUAUUUUCUGCAUAUGAGACAGCAUUAAGGUGCUUAUUCAACAACGGGAGUAUUCAAACUGAGAAUGCUAUCUAGGAUAAACUCGGCUUUUGCCCAAUUUAAGGAUUGCCAAGUAGAAAUUCGAUAUUUCCUUUUGUCUCUUUUGCCCCAUACAAGAACCUAUAAUAUAUAGUUGUUAGCCUCUUGAAGUAACAUGGUAGUGCUAAGGUGACUUUUCAUUUUACUGUUAAGAACCAUUAAAGAAAAAAACAAUUCAAGAAUGUAGAAUGUCACCACUUAUAGAAUUGUUAUGCUGCAAGGUUUCAUUAAGAUAACUAGUGAAUUUAUUCAUGUUUACUCGUA